AUGAAUGAUAUUUUUGAUGCACUCAAUCGAAAAUAUCCAGCAGAAGGAAUAAGACCAAAUAAUAACGAUUUUAAGGUUUUAAUUAGUGUUGCACUCACAUCAACCAUUACCACGACUACCUUUGCUGACAAUUCAACCAUUACCGCUGAUAAUGUAACUUCUACAACGACUACACAAGUUGAAUUAACAUCCAAUGUAAAUGAUAAAGAAACUUUAUAUAAAGAUAUUUCACAACCAUUAAAAGACCGAAAUAAUGUUGUGGAAGAUAGACAAAAAAAAGAAAUUGAUAUAAAAGAUCCAGCAACGUGGAGUGCAGAUAAAAUUACUCAACAAGUAAAGUACGAAAUCGUUAAGUACGGACCAUCAAGAGAGAAAGAUAUUGUUUAUCCACUUCGCUUGAUUGAUGAUUCAGAAAGAAAGUUUUCAAAUAAUUACUACUAUAAAAAAUUAUCUAAUGGGGAAAUUGUGAAUAGAAAAUGGUUAAUUUAUUCAGUUUCAAUCGAUAAAGUGUUUUGUUUCUGUUGUAAACUUUUUUCAAAUUCCAACUCAAAUAUAAGCACAUUGGCCACAGAAGGCACAAAUGAUUGGAAACAUUUGUCAGAAAAGUUAAGUUUACACGAAACCUCACGAUCACAUAUUGACAAUGCACAUACUUGGUCAGAGUUAAAAAUAAGAAUUUGUAAAAAAGCAACUGUUGACCAUAAUCACCAAAUGAUAAUUGAAAAAGAAAAACAACAUUGGAAGGACUUUAUUAAACGAAUAAUUGCAGUAAUCCAUUACUUGGCAAAGCACCAUGAUGCAUUCCGAGGUUCAUCAGAUACGCUAUACACAAAUAAUAAUGGUAAAUUUCUCGGGCUAAUAGAAAUGCUGGGUAAAUUUGAUCCUGUUAUUAUGAAACAUUUGAAACUUAUAACAAAUAACGAAACUCAUGUACAUUACCUUGGACCAAGAAUACAAAAUAAUCUAAUCGAAUCCAUGGCCACAGAAGUAAAAAAAGAAAUUAUAAUAAAGAUAAAAUCAGCUAAGUACUAUGCUAUUAUUAUGGAUUGUACACCUGAUGUAAGCCAUGAAGAGCAGUUAUCAAUUAUUAUAAGAGUUGUAGAUAUGGACUCAAACAAUGAAAUUACAGAUGUUGAAAUCAAUGAGUAUUUCAUGGAUUUUAUUAAUAUUCAAUCAACUACGGGAUUGAAUUUGUCAGAUAUUCUAAUAUCAAAAUUAAAAGAGUAUCAAAUAGAUUUAGCCGAUUGUCGUGGACAGGGGUACGACAAUGGAGCCAAUAUGGUAGGUCAAUACAGUGGAGUUCAAGCACGUAUUCUUAACCAAAAUCCAAGGGCAUUAUUUAUGCCAUGCGCAGCACACAGAUUAAAUUUAGUCCUUGGUGAUACCGCGAAAAGUUCUACAAUAGCAGCAAACUUUUUUGGCACAGUCGAAAGACUUUACACUUUGUUUUCUGCAUCUACUGGAAGAUGGAACAUAUUUACAAGUCACUGUCAUCGAUGGACUGUAAAAAGGUGGUCAGAAACUCGGUGGGAAAGUCGUUCAAAUAGUAUAAAAGCAAUUAGAUUUCAACUGAAAGAAAUUAUCGAAGCUUUGGAUGAAAUUGCAGAUACUAGCAAAGAUUGUUUAAUAACUAGUGAAACGCACUCUUUAAUUAAUGAAAUAAGCAGCUUUGAAUUUUUAAUAAGUUUGUGUGUUUGGCAUACAGUCUUACAGGAGAUAAACAUUGUCAGUAAAAGUCUUCAGAGUCCAAUGAUGAAUUUAGAUAUUUCAACCAGUUUAUUAAAUGGACUUUUGGUAUUUUUAGAAGAAUAUAGGAAGAAUGGAUUUGAAACAGCCAAAUCUGAAGCAAACAUCUUAGCAGAAUCACUUUCAAUUGACGCAAUUUUCAAACAGUCUCGUAUCAGAAAGAAGAAGAAAAUGUUUGACUAUGAAGCAAAUGACAAUCCAAUACAAGAUCCUGAAUAUAAUUUUAAGUGUUCAUACUUUUUGGUAGUUAUUGAUGGAGCUAUAGAAUCAGUAACAAAAAGAUUUCAACAAACUAAUAAGUUCAAUGAAUUAUUUGGAUUUUUAUACAGAAUUGGCAAGCUUCGACAUGUACCACAAACAGAGAUAUUAAAACAUUGUAUGGAUCUAGUUUAA